UAUUAUAUGUGGUUUUUUUUUCAAUUUGUGUUACUAAACAAACAUGAGCAACCCCAAUCUUCAGGCGUGUCCUUAUUGUCCUGGCGUUGCAAGACAAUACGUUGUACCUAGGGGCCUAAAUGUACAUAUAAGUCGUGUGCAUAGGGAUGUGAAUGGUGGGCAGGCACCUAGUACUGGUGAGGAGCUUGGGCCGGGAGUGGGGAACGAUGUUGAGAUUACAAAGUUGGCCGAGCUAAAGAAGAAUGUUAGGGUGUUGCGGCACGUUCCGAGGGGGGCGAGGAAUCUGGCCGCAGGAAAGUUGUGUGGGAUAAUUCAAGAUUGUUUGAGUAAUAAUGAAUUGAAAGAUUGGUUUGCGCUGCUCACCUUUUCUUUCACGGCUUUGAGGGUUCCGGAGGGCGCUAAUCACGGGUCUUUAACUUCGAAGGUUAAGGAGAAUGUUGGCAGUUGUUGUCUGUACUUUCCAGCUGAAGUUGGUCUUAAGACAAGUUCGGUUUACCGUACUAUUGAGGCGAAAGUCCAUGACGGGGACUUGAGGGGGGCAGUCCGUCUCCUGUUCUCUGAUUCCACCCUCGCGCCGGCUAAUGCGGAUACGUUGGAGGCUUUGGUCGGAAAACACCCGUCACCUUCGAGGCAGUUGGAUUUCCCCCCUGACCCUGAUUUGUCUAGUCCAUUUUUGACGGUGACGCAGGAGGAGGUUGUGGGGGCUUUGGGGUCCUUUUACAAUGGGUCUGCUUCUGGGCUGGAUGGUUUGCGCCCUCAGCAUUUAAAAGAGCUAACUUCUUUGUCGGCAGGUGACAAUGGGAGGAAAUUAUUGGAAUCUCUUACAAGGCUCUGCAACUUCCUUUUGCGUGGGAUGGUGGGAUUAGGCCUAUUGCUGUUGGGAACACGUUGCGACGCCUUGUUUCAAAGCUUGCUUGUCGUGCAGUCAAGGAAGAGAUGGCGGAAUAUCUUCAGCCAUUUCAGGUUGGCUUUGGUACGCCUUUGGGGUGUGAGGCAGCCAUUCAUGCGGUGCGUUCUUUUGCUAUGGCUCAGGAAAAUGUUUCUAGUGUGCUUCUGAAAGUAGAUAUUAGAAACGCUUUCAAUACUGUGGAGAGGGAUGUAAUUUUGAGAGAUGUUAAGGAUCGUGUACCUUCGUUAUUUCCCUUCCUUCAUCAGUGUUAUUCCUCGCCGAGCAAUCUCUUCUAUGGCACUAAUCCGAUUGCGUCACGGGUGGGUGCUCAACAGGGGGACCCGUUGGGGCCUCUUCUUUUUUGCCUGGCCGUACAGGGUGUUAUACGGUCGUUAGCCUCUCCUUUAAACGUCUGGUAUUUGGAUGACGGAACGUUAGGUGGAACGGCGGAUGUUGUGUUGGGUGAUGUGAGGAAGCUUGUGCAGGCUUUGU